GCGAACUUCCAGCUCAACACCACGGACCUCGCCCUUUUGGACGAGUGGCAGGGCGCGGACUUGGCCGCGCAGCUCCUGGCGAGCUGGAUCCCUUGGGGGAACGAGAACGCGCGCUGCCUUCGUGCUUCGCUGGCUUGUUGCGGGGAGCCAGCAUUGACGCGCGUCGGCCCCGGGCUACGGCCGGAGGCCGCGCGCGCUGAUGCCUGUCCCUGCGGGAGCCCGCGGAGGCGCGAUAGCGGCGCUCGCUCGUUGUUCACCCACAGGCUCACCCGGGUGUGGGCCAAUGCGGACAGCGGCGCCCACCGGCUCCUGCAGGAGUACAAGAGGCGCACGGGGCGGGAGCUGGCGGAGGGCAAGGCGCUCGACGCCAGCGGCUUUGAGGGGGCCGCGGCCGCCCUCAAGGUGAGGCAGGCCUACCCGAGGUACCAGCUGCACUUCUACCAGGGGGCGCGGAAGGUCCUGAAGCUGCCGGGACAGAAGUUCAAGCAGCUGCCGGUGCUGACCAAGCUGCUGAGCACUCUCCUGAGCCGCGGAGCCUUCACCAACGCGGCCAAGGCGCUGAAGGAGGGCCGCCGCAGCCUGGACACGGUCCUCGAGAAGACGCUCCUGGUGACCACGCCCUGGCACAGGAUGCUGAUCUCGAGGGACCUGGCGGUGCCGCGGGAAAGGAAGUGCGGCGUGGGGCCGCAGCGCCGCGGCUGGCGUCUUGCGUCGGGGCUGGAUUCGCGCGGCGGCGCCGCGCAGAUUUGGCCCCGGCGCGAGCCAGCUGGCCGGGGCAGCUGCUUCGGUACCCGAGCCGCGCCCCAGGCGCUGGCGCCCCGGGUGGCGGCCAAGGCGGGCUUCACGCUCGAGAGCAACACCUUUGUCGGCGACGGCGCCGAGGACGUGUUGGAGCGCUGCCAGGGCACGAAGGGCGAACCCUCGGAGCGCCUCCUCGCGCUCCACCAGAGACUCCUGCCGCUGCUCUGGAAGCCUGCGGACUUCACGGUCGCCUGGACCGUGAGCCACACGGAGGACGCCUGCUGCGAGCAGCGCAGGUGGGAGACGCGCAAGGAGGGCAAGCGCAAGCGCGACAAGGGCGUCCAGCGCGCCCACGUCGCGCAGCAGAGGCGGAAGGCGCGCCUGAGCCGGGUCUGGCAGGGGGUCGCCAAACGGCGCCCGAAGGCGCCCGAGGUUUUCAGCAACCUCGCGGUUGCGCGGGCGUGCAAGCUUCGCCCCUAG